UAGAUGGAACCAAGAAAAAAUGUGACUUUCUUUGUCCUCUUGGGCCUCACACAGAAUCCAAAGGAGCAGAAAAUCCUUUUUGCUCUGUUCCUGCUGACUUACAUUUUGACCAUAGUUGGAAACAUGCUCAUUGUGGUGACUGUCUCACUCAGUAAGACUCUGAAUUCCCCAAUGUACUUUUUUCUUGCUUGCUUAUCAUUUAUAGAUGCCAUUUAUUCCUCUUCUAUUUCACCCAGGUUGGUUUUGGAUUUGUUCUUUGGGACAAAUACUAUAUCCUUCCAAUCUUGUAUGAUUCAGCUUUUUACAGAACAUUUUCUGGGUGGAACAGAAAUCUCCUUACUGCUGGUGAUGGCCUUUGACCGCUAUGUGGCCAUCUGUAAGCCUCUGCAUUAUUUGAUUAUCAUGAGACAGUGGGUGUGUGUUGUACUGCUGAUUGUGUCUUUUGUUGGAGUUUUUAUACAUGCAAUAUUUCUACUCAGUACUUUUUAUAGUCUCCCAUUCUGUGGUCCCAAUGUUAUUGAUCAUUAUGUCUGUGACAUGUACCCCUUGUUGAAACUUGUCUGUUCUGACACCUAUUUCAUUGGUAUCUUCGUGGUGGCCAAUGCAGGGUUGAUAUGCAUCAUUGUGUUUUUCUUCUUAAUCAUAUCUUAUGUUGCCAUCUUUAAAGACAUAAAGAAUCUUAGUAAGGAAGAGAAGAGGAAAGCCCUCCAGACCUGUGGUUCCCACAUCACUGUGGUUGUUUUCUUCUUUGUUCCCUGUAUUUUCAUGUAUGUAAGACCUCCAAAGACCUACCCGAUUGACAAAUCAUUAAGUGUGUUUUGUACAGUUGUUCCUCCCAUGCUGAACCCAUUAAUUUACUCAUUAAGAAAUUCUGAGAUGACAAAUGCUGUGAAGCAACUCUGGAAGCAUAAAGUCAUAUCAAGUAGAAAAUAG